UUGGCGGAGCCGCUGUUUGUGCGCCCGGGGCCGCGCCGGGAGGGCCCGGAGGAUCGCGGUGCCAUCGCGCCCAGCCCGGCCAUGGCCGCCCGCGGCGCCCAGCGGCCCAACGGGCACUCGCAGCCCAGUAAGAUCUGCCAGUUCAAACUGGUGCUACUGGGAGAGUCGGCCGUGGGCAAGUCCAGCCUGGUGCUGCGCUUCGUCAAGGGCCAGUUCCACGAGUACCAGGAGAGCACCAUCGGCGCGGCGUUCCUGACGCAGUCCGUGUGCCUGGAUGACACCACGGUCAAGUUUGAGAUCUGGGACACGGCGG